AUGCCCAACAGACAGAAAAAAAUAGAAAAAACUGAAUUAAGAAAAUAUGGUGAAAGGCGUGAUGAGAAAAAUAACACUGGUGACACAUUUGACUUACGGACCAGGCCUCUAGCAGUAAAAUAUACUAAGUCUAAGAAAACUUCCGUGUUUAAAACUCGUAUAGUAGAAGAAUUUACACCUGCUGGAAUUAAGAAGUAUAGUGAAAAUUAUGAAUCGAAACAUUUUAAACUUAAGGAGACCGUAAACAAUGGGGAAAGGAACUGCGAUGAAAAAUAUGAAGGAUCACAAUAUGGGUUCAAGGAGUCCACUCCCUAUGAAAUGCCUAUGGAAGGGGGUUACCAAGGACCAAAUCGGACUAAAUUAAGACAUAAUUUCCCUAUGAGACUGAAUUUUUCUGAUGAUGGUGACCAUGAUGAAAGUUCAAUUUCGCUGAUGGAUACGCUGCCAGCUUCAUUAAGAGUAUGUGAGAAAAUGAUUUACACCCCAAAGAAAAACCUUCGAAAGAAGUCAAGAGACGAGGUAAAGAAGAAAGAACAGUUAGAAUAUUCACUAAGGAAUAGCAUCUCUAACGGAUUAAAGUUAUGUCAGAAGGGUGAAGAAGGGGAGGGUUACAAAUUAAAAAAUGAGGUACCAGAGGGGUUAAAAGAGGGUCGAAGGAGUGAAGAUUCACAACAUGAUGAACUGAAGAACAUUCCAAGGGGAAGACUAAGGGACAUAGAAAGGCGAGAGGAUUUAAAGGAGAAUGGAAUAAAAAACAAACCCGAAGAGGGAUUGAAAGAGGAUAAGGCAGAAGGAGAACUAAGUGAUGAUCAAAACAUAAGCCAUUUGAGUAAUACUACCACAAAAGAUACACCUCAAGAUAUGCCAGGGAAUGUAGAAAUAGACCAUCCGACUGACGCCUCGACAACGCUUACACUUUCCACUACGAAGGAUAGUAACGAAAUAGACAAUCCAACUGAAGUCUCUACAAAACUUACACUUCCUACUAUGAAGGAUAGUAACGAAAUAGGCGAGCCAAAUGACGGCUCUACAACACCUACACUUCUCACUACGAAGGAUAGUAACGAAAUAGACCAACCAACUGACACCUCUACAGGGCUUACACAUCCCACUACGAAGGAUAGUAAAGAAAUACACCAACCAACUGACACCUCUACAGGGCUUACACAUCCCACUACGAAGGAUAAUAUUAAAGAAAUAGACAGGUCCGAUGAAAAUGGCACCAAAUAUAAAUACCCUACUAUGACGGAUUUAACAGGAGGAGCCAAAGCGUCGAACACUACCCCACAUAAUAAUGAUAAAGCUACUACAAGUACAGAGAAAAAGGUGGAGUCAACAAACAAUUCCAGGAGGGAUAACUAUCCGGAUAAACUGAAAGGAAAUGAAGAGAAGGAUACCAUACCAAAUACAGAAACAUAUCUCAUAGGUCCAGCUUCAAAUAAUGAACAGAGAACUAAAAAUCUAUACCCCUUUGCCUCAGCCGUUAGCGAUUCUCGAGUAGUAAGCAGAAUUGAUGAUAAAAAAGACAAAUCGUUGAAUAUUGGAACUGAGGACACCCACCUCGAUGUGUUAAAAGAGCAUGAUAAGAAUAACGUAGAAGAAGACGCAGCAGGAAAUGCUGAAACCCCAAAUGACCUAACAGAAUCUGAAAAGAAAGAUGAAAACCCAAGUGGUUCCGGGAAACAUGCGCAACCUGAUGUGGGGAAACCUGAUCCCAAAGACGCAAUUGAUCAUGCGAUGUCAAAGUACCUACAUCAAAAGGAAAGCGGAAGUGAAAAGAACAAUCAUUCUGCGUCUGCGUCGUGGAAAUACACGGACCCUAAGGAGAAGGAGUCUGAAGAGAUGGAUCAAAAAUCAAAUACUACUUUGAAGCAUCCAUCUCCUCAUUUUAAUGUAUAUGAAAGUGAAUCAGCGGGAACAGAUGCUGAGUCAAAUGACAGUUCUCAUAUUACAUUAGAAGAGGAAACUAUGGAAAAACCUGCACCUACUAUCUCUUCAAUUGAUAAAUAUCCUGUUAUAGAAGAACCUGAAAAAUUGAAGUACGAACACGAGCGAGAAGAUCAAGGCGGACAUGGAGCAUCGAAAGGUCGUUACCAGAAUAGACUAAGUGAUUAUGCAAGAGGUGAAAGAAGGAAAGGGGAGGCACCAAGAGAUAGAUAUCGCCCUAGGGUAAAUGAUUAUGGGGAAGACACAAACCAAGCUAAGUGUGCUCAACCAGAAGAUAAGCACAGCCACAGGAUAAACGCUUAUGAGAAACAGGAAAAGGACCAGGACGGUCGGUAUGAAGAACCAACAGGUAAAUACCGACAUAGAUUAAAUGAUUGCAAAAAAGAGCAUGGGGAGGAAAAAGACACAUAUGGAUUUGAGGAGUCAACAAAUGAUUACCACCAUAUGUUAAAUGAUUAUCACAAGGAACAUAAAGGGGAAGAGAACACGAAAAAAUGUGAACCGCCAAGAGAUCACUAUGACUCCAGAUUGGAUGAUUAUGAGAAACAUCAUGAAGAAGAUGAAAGAGAACAAAGGUAUGAAGAAUCGAUAGAGAGACAUCCCGAUGGGUUAGCAGAUUAUGAAGGGAGAGAAAAUGUAGAGGCAGAAACUGUAGAGGGGGGUCUUGAAAAGGGAAAACUGGAAGAUGAAUUUGGAGAAUCGACAAAUGAUUCUGAACCUGAAAGUCCUUCAAAUGGUUUAGAAGAUGCUGAAAAGGCAAAGGAUAAAGCAGAAGAGAGUCAAACUAAACUUAAUGUCCUAUCGACAAAUAAGGAACAGACCAAAGGAGCGGAUUCAAAAAGAGGAACAUCUUAUAAGAAAAAUUCAAAAGGGGAAUCAGGUAGUUCAAAGGAAUCCUCCGCAGAAAAGUCCCAUAAGAAGGUACAUACGAGAAGUUCAAAUUCGUCAUCCAAUAAAAGAGAUCAAAAUAAUAAGAAUAACGACAAAAAAAAGACAAAAACAAGGAAGAAAAGGAGGAUAGAAAAGACGACCAAAAGAAGGAAAGAAGAAGCGACGUAUCUAAGAAAAAAUGGAAAAAGGAACCACGGAGAAAAAAAAGCAUUAUAUGUGCAAGAUAAUUCCCAACUGAAAAAUUAUGAAGAAGGGACUCCAAGAAGAGAUGACUUAGAUUCAGAAGUGUUGGAAAGAAAUCGACAACAAUCAGAAAAUAAAGAUACGCGCAAAGGGGGAAAAAGGAAAACAAAGAAAACGGAUACAUCGAAGAAUACCAAUCCAUACAAAAGGAGAAAGAAAUAUAAUAAUAGAAAGACAAGAAAAUCGGAAAUUGCAAGAGCCGUGAAAUACUUAUCAGACUGUGCAGAUUUUGAUGAAUCUGCGGAAGGAGGAUUAAAAAAGCAGAAAUCUUCUAAUAAGAAUUCAAAUAAUAAAGAAUCAGGCAGUAAGCAAAAUGAUAAGUCAGAUUAUGCCGAAGGAAAGAAAAAGAGCUCAAGUAGUAGAGAAAAAUUUAAGAUGGAUGACAUAGAAAUAAGUUUAUAA